AUGGAAUUGGGGGUGGAAUGGCCGUGUGCUGUUGGAUCGGGCAUGAGUGCCAUGGAACUGACAGUGGGACAAUGGGACACGGUCGUGGUGGGGUCGUUGGACGACACAGAGGGGUGGUGGGAGGAGGGGGUGGGGCUACCGGGCGCGGUUGGGCAAAAACCGUCGAUCCAGGAAUGGAUCGCGUUGCAGUGGGCUGACGCGUCGUUUCCUGGGGUCGACGCAAUGAUGGAGGGAGGGGAGCUGGGCUGGGCUGGGUCGUUUGGGCUCGGAUUGGGUUGGGGGAAUGGCCCAGUGGCUGGGACAACGGGGCGAUUAUUGCCUUCUGCGCGCGUUCCAAGUCUGAAGCGAAAAUACGCAGCUCAGAACCCUCUACCAAAGCCCACCAAAUAUCCCCCAGUGGGUCCACCUUGA